CGCGUGCGUAUCAUAGAACCAUGCUUCGAUACACCAAUUUUUCAACAGUAGCACUGUCCAGCACUAAUAAGCGGUAUUGAAUGUGCAUCAGAGUAGGAUAGUGGGAUAAAUUAAUUUUAUUGACAAUAUUAGUACGUGUUACGAGUGCAUCCGAACAAUUGUUCUUAGGAUUUUUUAAAUUAUGGCUGGCAUUGUACCAUUAUCUGGCCGAUCUGGUAGAAAACAAUGGACACUACAUGAUGGACCAGGAGGAUCUCUCAGAAGACUACGAUCUCAACUGGCCGAGGACGGUUGCCCAGAAUCUCAAGUAGUGUUAGCUAAGCAACUUCUGGAUGAAAGAUGUGAUCUCGACGUGGAUAAGGAAGAAAAUGCAAAAUUAGGUGUAUAUUGGCUUACAAAAGCUUCGGAGCAGGGUAACUUGGAAGCAACAGAUAUUCUUAAGAAAUGCUUGGCAACUGGUCGUGGUAUUACAGAACACAAUUAUUACGAUGUAAAAAGUUGUCUAGACAUGUCUCAAGAUGAAAAGUUGGCCAGAAAAGCAGCAAGAGAAAUGUUUACUAGUCUCUCUAAUGGCGAAGAUUUUAUUACAACGGAGCAGCUACAAAGACGUAUGAAAAAUUUAACAUCACAUUCGUCUAACAAUGCGAGUUGUUCUCACUCGAAUAACGUCUUGCGUAACAAUCCACACAAAAACAUAAACGAUAUUUCAACCAACAACUUUCCAAAAAACGGGCUUCCCGAAGACUCGACAUCCAAGAAAGACGAAGAAAAAGAAAACAAUGGCCAUGAUUGGGUGCAGUACCAGGGAGAAAAAAUUUCAGAAGCAGCCUUGGUUUCUGCCGCUGCCAGUUACGCUCGCGGGAUGCUUCCAAUAGUUUCGCACGCUUUAUGUAUGGUAGAUUCGUCUCAAAUGGCAUUGGACACUGUACCAUUGUUGCAGAGGCCUCUCAUUCACCCGUUCGCAUCUUUGAAACGUCUUUACAUUUGGUUGAUAGAAACGUUAGGUCAGAGGGGAAUGUCAAUUAAAAAAGUUCUUUUCACAUCGAAUAUACAUAUAUUAUUAUUACUUCUACUGUAUUCGUUAUUCGGUACAGAAAACGUCAUACUUUUCGUACCUAUGGCUCUAUACUAUUUGUCUUUCGUCAUGAUGGUUAUCUCUACUUUUCAAAUGUUACAACGAAAGCGCGAGUUCAAUAAUUUCCGCGUCUGGUCGGGAUUGUUUCUCAGUUAUUCGGGUGGUAAUUUAAAUCCCGAAGAAGCAGAGUACCAAUAUUGUUGCAAUAAUCUUAAACCUUAUGGUCACUUCUUUCUCGCCUUGCUUUUAAAUCUAAUAACCUAUCCGAUCAUAGCUCAUCAAUGGACACCUCAAUCAGAGUUUACCAUUAUAGCGGUCGCUUUAAUGCUAGUGACACUCUUGAAUUUUAUGUGGAAAGAUUCGUCCAGAUUUCCAGACUUGUUAGCUCUCUUUAGUUUUGGCGUGCACGUCCUCGCCAAAUACCCGUACGAAACGGAUAUCGUGGUCGCCCAAGGAUGGAGAUUUUUAGACAUAAGAGUACCAACGUUUGCUUCGUAUGUUGUUGGCAACGGGAUUGAAUUUUGUUUGAAUUUUCGUGCGGUUUUUUAUCUUUUAAUUCCAGCUGUUUUCGCGAAAAUGGCUGCUCAAGAUAAUUGGCGAGGAACUUACCAAACCCUAAUACCUCAUUGCGUUACUCUGAGUUGGUGGCAAAUAGCGAUCUUCAGUUCGCAAGGUGCUACUUGGUAUGGUUUGAUUAGGGGUGCUCUCGCGUUAGUUGGUAUGGUUCUCUUUCUGCCACUCGCAGGAUUGGCAUCUAUUAUUUUGCCAAUCGUGGCUGCUGCUAAAUAUUUAUCGGAAAGCGAUCUCGCAAUGAGAAUAGUUGUAACAGCUUUACUUGGAGGAACACCGUUUCUCGCCUCCUGGUAUUUAAGAAGAACUAGAACUCCAAGAUUCAAUUGGAUUAUCACUGUUAUCCAACUGUUUAUGGGUAUCGGUGCUGGUAUGUUUUUGUCCUGGCCAAUGAUCAUGGAAUACAAACAACAAUCCAACUCUUAUGAAGUUAUAUCUACGCUCUCGUGGGAACAAUAUCAAAAUCAUUGCCACCAACCAGCGUGGGAAGAAUUAUCGUCCAAGGCGCAAGUUCAGGUUCAGUGCGCCGAUUUGGAAGGAAUAUUGGUUUCAUGGGAAGGUUACGUGACGAAUAUUAAACUAAGAUCAAUAAAGAACAACGUCGCGGCGAUAUUUGAUAAACUACCCGACAGUAUUAGAAAUAUCAUUAGUUGUAUGUACGGUGAACCGUAUUUGAAUAAUUGCGAUGGAGUGGACCAAUCGCGACAGAAGAAUUGCAAGCAUUUCGCGAAUAUUCAGAAACGGAAGAACAGAUGCCAUUUUCCCGCUUGGAACCACUAUGAAUUUGAAAUUUCAGUUAAAAUGAAAAGCGGCAUGUGGGGAAAUAACGCGGAAGUUUUGCUCGUAACGGAUCACUCUUUCACUAAUUUUAGUUUGAACAUGUAUCCAGGAGAUAAAAUUUGGUUUACAGGGACGCUUUUGAAUAAUGGUUUAGAGGAGGAGUCUUUACUCGGUGGUUCCGAACCACAGAUUGAAUUAGAAGAGAUCGGUUGCAUCGCUUGUCAUUCUAUUCAAUUAAAAUCUUUCAGACGAUAUAAAUAUCACGUAUCGUUAAGUUCGAUUUUAAGCGAUCUUUGUUUAGGUAUAAAGACUGUUUUGAACUUUUUGUUGAAUCCUAUCGUGAUGUUCAAGUAAUCACGUCUUCAUCAAGCAAUCUAUAAGAUUGCGAUGAAUCGUAACGCUCCUUAAAAUGUUGAGAUAAAGUUGUUUUCAUCGAGACAAAUUUCGAUGAUAUCUCGAAUUUUAUUUCGACCUACUUGAAACUAUUCGGAGUAUAUCUGUCGCAAGAUAUCGUGUAAUAGACUUUAUAAUAAAAGAGGGGAAUACAAAUAGAUAUAGAGAAAACUAACGAGUAUGAUACAUUAAAGAAAAAAAUCAAGUUACAAAAAUGGUAUUAUAAUUUUUUUUUUUAUAGUGUAUUUAUUAGUCGAUUCAUUUUGAUUAAAUUAGAAUUUAUUCUUGUUCGUAUACUGAAGUAGAUACUUCUAAAGAAAUACUUUUUUAAUUAAUGUACACGUGAACAUAAGUCUAUAUAGAAAAAUACAAGCAUAUUUUGAUGUUACCAACGCCUCAGGCAUUAGAAUUUCAGCAAAAACUCAUGAAAUAUCUAUGUCAAAGAGUACACUUAUAUAUAUAUAUGUAUAUUUUAAGAUCGACAUAUUUUCAUAAGUAUUACUGCCAGCGAUAGAGACAAAUGCGCUUAAUAUUUUUCUAUUCCGUUUUUGGAAAAUCAAAGGGGAUGGUACCUCUUUAACCUUAUUUUAACACAACAGUAAAAUAUUACACGUUUUUCGUAAUGUUAAAUUUUAACGAAAAAUAUCAUUUGCAUCUAAACAACAAAGUUGAUUCACGUUUAAAAAUAAUCUAUCUACAACGAAUGUGAUGCGAGUACCUACAUCAUCGAUGUUUACUUUCUUUAGACCUUAACGUUGCAUCUUUGAAACAUUCGAAUAUUUCGAAUAGAUUUAUGAAACUCAACGGUGUUACGAAACUGUAAUUUAGCCGUUGAAAUAUCUUUACUCUUGUAAAUGUCAUGAAUGUUACAUGUAAUUGAAGUAGUAAAGAUAUAUGUACACGUAUAAUGUGUAGGAGUUAAAGGUUAUUGUUAAAUCGAUGUUAAGUGUCUAGACUUUGAAAAGAAAUAAUUAAAAAAAGUCCUAUAACUGUCUAGAAUGAUGGAGUCAGUUAUACCGUAUGUCAUAUCAGGACAAUAGUAAAAGAAGUAUAGCUGAGAUAAAAGACAAAUAUAGAUGUGCCUUGAUGUUUUUUGUUUGAAUAAAUAAUUUUAUUAUUUAUAAUAAAAUAUAUGUUAAAAAGUAAAAUUACUGUUACACUAAAUAUUUAGCUAAAAAUAUUAUCUUAUGAAUUUAUAGGUGAUUUAAUUUUUCUACUUUUUUUUACUAAGAAAAAAAAUGUUUCUUGGAAAAAAAUUAAUUUCCUCGACACAAUUUAAAACAUAUUUAUUUUAUAUUUGGCAACAAAUGACGUACAUUAUUUCUGCAAGUGAUAUUAUUAUUAUUUUUUUUUUUUUACAAGACAAUUGUUUACUCGGAGAUUUUGGUUUCCUUUAUCUUAGUUUUUGUAUAUAAAAAAAAUUACAUAGUACGAAAUCACUCUACAACUAUUCCAUGUUGAUGAUGUUUUGUUUGUUUAUGUACAAAUAUAAAAUCUACAUCAAUAAAGUCUUUUCGACCAUA